UGCAUCUUGGGUUUUGUAGUUCAACCCUCGAUGACUGGCACCAGUUUUGACGUCGCGACGUCUAUGAGGCAGACAAUUUUCUGCAGAGGGAAGACAUGAAAAUAGAGGCCAGCAGUUGUUGAACUGUAAACAUGUCCAAGAAAAGGGGCAGGAAACGCAGCAGUGGAGAACUGAGUGACUCGCUCUCCCCCGACCCCAACAGCCUACUGGGUAAGAGGAUCCAGCACAGCUGGAGGGAGAAGGGUGCGCUCACUAAGUGGAAAGGCACCGUGCUAGACCGGCUCAGCGUCAACCCUUCGCUCUUCAUGGUCAAAUACGAUGGCUUUGAUUGUGUCUAUGGCAUCGAGCUGUUCAAAGACGAGCGCGUGUCCAACCUGCAAGUGCUGACUGAGAAGAUUGUGAACAAUAAGAUUAAGGUGCCACAUGACCCAGAGGAGCUGGUGGGCAAAGCGGUGGAGCAUCUGUUUGAGAAAGAGGAUGGAGAAAAGAACGAGUGGAGAGGGAUGGUGCUGUCUCGGGCCCCCAUUAUGACUAACUGGUAUUACAUCACCUACGAGAAGGACCCAGUGCUGUACAUGUACCAGCUGUGGGACGACUACAAGGAGGGUGACCUCCGUAUUUUACCAGAAGCAGAAAACAAGCACCUGCUGCCUGCUGACAGGAAGCCUGGCGAGGAGACAGAGAGCCUUGUGGGUAAGCAGGUUGAAUAUGUUACUGACAAAGGAGUGAAGAGAACCGGGCUGGUCAUCUACCAAGUUCCUGCUAAGCCCUCUGUCUACUACAUCAAAUACGAUGACGAUUUCCACAUUCAUGUCUACGACCUGGUCAAGACCACCUAAAAUAACAAGGAAGCUGCAUACGAAGACUAAAGUCACCAUCACCUCUCUGUAGUGUAAUGUUGUUGCCUCUCAUUGUAUUCUCUCUCCACCCGGUGUCGGUGUGGAGGGCUGGAACGGCACAGAUGUUUGUGGUUUUGUUCAUUUGCGUGUGUCAUAUUCGUUGACAUCACAUCAUCGACGCAAGUUGAGAACAAAGCCGAAAGCCUCAAUUUUAGGGAUUUAUUUCACUGAAUGUGGUAACUAAGUAGUAAUUAUCUUCUAGUGGGUGUGGUGGUGUAAAGGCAAUCAAUUACUGCGAUUCCUGAUUGUGGCUUUAACAGUUUAAACUGGGCAACCAGGUGUAUUUGGAGAUACAGUCUAUUUAUUGACAUUUAAUUAUUUUACUACGUUUCUUUUUUUUUUUUUCGUGAUAGUUUUGAGCCAUUUUAAGAUGACAUCGUUUUUUCCCUCGCUUUUACUUCUUGACAAGGUAAGACCGAAUAGUUGGAGUAAUGGAGAAUAAUUACAGAAUAAGUCUUUUGUAAAAAAAAAUAAAAUAAAAAAAAGGAGAGGAAAAAAAAUUAAAGCAACUAUUUAUUUUUGCUUUCUGUUAUUCUUGCAGCAAAAAAAAAAAUUAUUUCAUUGCAGUUAAGUGUUAAGUGCUGUGAUUGUAGUGCUUUUCAUUCAAAUCUAAUUUUGUAAUCUUCCACUAAAAAUGAGGCUAAAUCCAAGAUAGCUACACUUCACAUUUAAGCUUGUUUGAACAGAAACCCUGCGAUCCGAGCAUGUCCUUUAGAGAAACAGGAGCCAAAAGCUUGAAUUUCACUCUAGAUGUCAUUUUAGUUGCAUUUAUCAAGCUUGUGAAGCUUCUUGUAAGGAUUUAGUCUAUUUCCCAGGUGAUAAUACAUCACAAGAGGCAAAAAUGGUCCGUAUUCUGUCGAGUCAAAAUGUGAAAAAUUAGAUAUGAAAAGGAGACUCUUUCUAGCUCCACAUUGCUAACAAUGGGGGUUUUGUACAGAUUACUGCGUAUCCAUUCAAAUUGUAAACUGGAUUUUCUCUGGUACGCAUUCUGGGGUUGUCUACCUACUGUAAGUGUCCCCACUUUUGAUUUGACGUUAAGUUUAAAGCAAAUCUUAUCCAGCAGGCUGGAUCUUCAGGACAAUAAAAUCAGAAUGAAAAUUAGUGUUGAAAUUACAGCGAUAAGCUUUUGUUUCUUAAAUUGACAGGGUGUAUCGGGGAAGACCGUAAUGAGUUAGUCUCCAAUAGAGCUGAAUAGCACUUUUUUACUCUUUCUGGACACAAUUGAUCAGAAUAUAUAUAUAUCGCACUGGGAUAGAAAAGUUAUAAAGAGGAAAAGCUCAUUUUAUUCAAAGAGGAUAAAUAAGUGCUUCUGUAUACAUCAGCUCUAAUCGGUAACAUUUUCUGGGGUUUUUUUUUCCCCCCGAAAGAUUGGACUUAACAAAGAAGUGACAUUAAAGUCGCAUCUUAUCUCUUAAUUAAACAGCAUCAGAUAUUAUAAAUCAUGUAAAUCAUGCUAAUCGGGUCUGCUUUCCAUUACCAUGUACAACACUCCAUUGUACAGAAUCCUCCAGAUCUCCAAGGCUUAUUAUUUUCUUUUUGAUCUAAUAAAGCUAAUAAAAAUUGGAACAUCCCUUAAGAUGGCAACAAGAUGAAGGCAGUAAUACAACCGAUGUGCUAUCCAGACUUUUUCAGCAUAUAUGAUAAAGCACAUUAAACUAGUCUUGUUUACGGGAACAGAUCAGUGUUUGCUUUUAGUGCUUGUGUUAUUGUAGUCAAAACGUUUCCUAAAAGGAUGAAUACAAUGUGCAAGGUUCUGUCCCGGCGGUACGGUAGUGUUUACUGUAGUUUUACUCAUGCAAAUUCUAUUUUAAUGUUAAUGCUUGUAACAUCCAUAAAUGAAACCGUUUCUUCCCGUUAUGUCGCAUCGAUUAUAAAAUCUGCACAAAAUGUUAAGUUCCGUAACCGUAAGGUUAAAAAAAAAAAAUCACAUUUAACUGUUCAACUGUUUCAUUAUUGAAGAUAUUUAGUCUGUUUGCUUAUUCUCUUCAUUCCCCAUGAUCAAUGUACAGCUAUUAGCAGCACAUAUAAUCAACACAUUCAUUUAGUUACUGCAUGUGAUUCAGAGACAUUAAUGAUUAGAUCACUCCGUGGUGUUCUCUGCAAAAUGGCUAAAAGGUGUAACCUUCUAUGUACUUAAAUGUAUUUUUCUUUUGUAAAUAACGCAUUUAUGCUUGUAAUGCUUGUUUAUUCGUUGCCAUUCAUUUCGCUCACAGCAAUCGCACUUUAUUUUAGCUUUAGUCUGCCUCAAUGGAAGAGGAACUGACCUGUUAAUUCUGGCAGAAUCGAUUUAGCUUUAAAGAGCAACUCCAGCAGGCGUUUUAUUCAAACACCUUAAUCCCUGCGGAGGAAGCGUGGAACCAUUGACAGACGCAUCGUUUUAUUCACUUUUGAUGAGUACAUGACAGCCUGUGUGGUGUUUUCUCUAUCAUAGUUCUUUUUAGAAGUUAAAAGCAACAUGAACUUUUAUACCUGACACACUAAGCUGAUUUUGCUAGGCUGGUAAACCGUAUUUGAUCAUAUACAGUGAUAUGUUCCUAAUAAUCUGAUGGUGCAGACAGGUUGCACAAGAUGUUUAUUACCUUUAAUGAGAGAGAAAGCUUUAUUGAAUGAAACAUGGUGCAGGUAUCAUGAACUGAAAAGCUAGACCUGCUCAAUAAAUUAAAAAAUAAUAGAUUACAGUUUCAUUACCGGGAUAAAUUGUACAUGCUGGACUUUGAUUGAUUGAUUGAAAAUGUAUGUAUCGCUGAAGGAAUGAUGCUUUGAGCUAAAAGACAGCAAGUCAGGAGUUUUGUAACCAUAAAGACUAAAACAAUUAACAAACAACAACAACAAUAACAAGGUAUAAGCAAAAAAAAUGUAUCAUCGCUGUGUCUCACCAAUAUCUUGUCCCAUGCAAUGGAACAAAUAAUCAGUCUAAUAAAUAAUACAGAUUAAGGUUCUGUUGUUAUUGUUAUUUCUAUGACUUUGCUGGAGUUGCUUUUUAAACUGAAGGAUGUUAAUGAUGCGCUGAUGGCAAUCACCAAAGGAAAAUUUGAUUCUUCUCUGGUUUUGAGCUAGACUUCACAAUGUAGCUGUCAUAGUAUUACCUGAGUAAAUAUUAAAUUAAUUGAUAUGGUACACCUUCAAAAAAAAAAAAAAACCCUUCAUGUCUAACUUUUCUGAAAUGGAUUGAUUCUUUUUUUUAUUAUUAAACUUGUAAGCACAGUACACAUUAAUGUAAGGUUUUUUUUUAAUCAUUAUUUUUUAUUACAUAAAUGCAGCCAGCGCUCUUAGAACCUCGGAUUAAUACUUCGAGACUGAUUUCUCCCAUGUAGCAUCUGUUUAUGUUCCUAAUGAAGAUGUACAAAUGCAGAACAAAUGACAAUUUACUCAAUAGAGAUUAGAGGUGAUUUCAAAAUCGAUUUUUUGAUGAAAACGAGAGCGUCAGACACCAUUUUUUCUCUCCUCGGAUUUCCUCAAUCUUGCAUUUAAACAGACGUUCAGUUCUGUCCAUUCGUUUAAAAAGCAUUUUUUUUAAUUGUCACAUAAAAUAUGACCCUAGUGUGAAACUUGUUUGCUGUAUAAUGUUGUUGAGAUGAACUUUGACCCAGCUGUACAGUUGUAAAUAAGGCUUCUCAGAUGUUUCCUUACACUUUCAAGCAAUUUACUGCUACGUUCGGGUGGGAAUCCAUGUAUUCAUCUGUAAUCAUUCUAAACGCUUGUAAUAUACUUUAUUUCUGACCUACAUCAGUUUCGCUUGGGCCGGAGUGGAAACGCCGGCCGACGUCAAUCCUUUAAACGUUACUUUUAAGCAGAUUAACGAUGUAUACUCAAUGUGCAUUUUUCGGUUUCUUUCACUCUUGCUAAUUGUGAACAAAUAAAUCUCUUACUCACUCCUCUGUAAAUGUGGUUUAUCGUACGCUCUGCAAGCUUCCAGUAAUCCCCAACACCCCACUUCCCUCUUUGAUGUGUGUUUCUGUUAGUUUGCUGCUUUUUGCCAAAGUUAUCUUUUCCUUAGGCAACAUUCAGAAGUGUCAAAACUGUUCCAGUUGUCUGUGUACCAAUGCUAUAAUAAAAAAAAUAAAUAAAUAAAAGAGAUAUUUUUUUGCACCGA